GCACCUGUCAAAACAGGUCUCAGUUUGUUUACUGUAUACGUCACACAUGACUUUUGUAUGUUCAAGAGAUAAUAGUGAGGUUAAAACGAAAAACCCGAGCCAUCGCUACCACAAACCACUUAGCUCUCGACACAUUGAGACCGCAACGACCAGCGAAAUAUUCGCCACAUUGGCACAUUGUCCGCGACUUGAAGACGGACUACCUUGGAAGACAGGGGAUAUUUUUAUCCUUAGGAAAACUUUUUUUCCUUUAAUCCGCCUGCUAUGGUAAAGGGGACUGAAAAGGUCAUUGAUCCCGAUGAAUGAGCGAUACACAUAAACAUUUUCGAGCAAUCCGAUCUAAUAGUUAGAGACAGGCUGAAGACAGUAUAAAAGUGGAGACUUGAUAUUGUCCCUUAAAGGCAUCAAGAAAAUCUGAGCACAAAGACGAAAUUGAAAAUGAACAACCUCACGUUCAAUGGAAGCCAUGCUGUUUCAAACUGUCCUCAAGUUAUGGAAAUGGAUGGUGAAAAGGCGCUUAAGACGGUGGCUUAUAGCUGCGUCAUGUUCUUAUCAUUUACUGGUAACGUUCUCGUCAUUCUGAUUGUCUACAAAAAUCGAAGUAUGCAGACAACAGUGAACUUUCUAAUCGUAAAUAUGGCAUUUUCUGAUCUUCUGCAGUCAAUAAUUGCAAUACCUUACAGAAUCCUAAAUAUUGUCAUAGCUAAUGGCACAGACCGAUGGUUCGUUGAAGGGAUAGUCGGGGAGAUUUUUUGCAAGUUUGUACCAUUUCUACUGGAUAUUUCCGUUGGAGUCUCAGUUCUAAGUCUUGUGUUAAUUGCUUUUGAUCGAUUUCUUGGAGUUGUCUAUCCAAUGCGUGCUUCGACAAUCUCCAAAAGAAUGCACUCCUGCAAUUUGGCUCUGACAUGGGUUAUCUCCAUGGGAUUUCACUCACCGUUGUUUUUCACCUUCAGAUUAGUAACGUCUUUAGAUGGUAUAACCUACUGUACCUAUUCUUGGAAUCCAAUGCCGGAUCCUUCCAGGUCUGAGGAGAUCUAUUUUCUAGUUACUUCGACGUGUUUAUUCAUAUUCCCACUUCUUCUCCUUAUCUCGUUGUAUUCGACAAUUCUGAUUAGACUGAAAAGGCAGAAAACUCCGGGAAAUGACAGCUUCCGCAACCAAAAGCGCAUCGCAAAAAGAAAUCGCAACGUGCUACGAAUGGUUCUGGCCGUUGUUGUAAUUUUCGCACUUUGUUGGUUACCUCUAAACACUCUUGGUUAUAUUAAUAGAUACAUUUGGGUUAAGAACAGUUCGACACCAUGCGAAGCGGGGACAUAUAUCGAAUGGGCUUUCUUCAUCGCCUAUUCAAACUCCUUUUUAACCCCAUGUCUUUAUUUUCUCUUCAGCGAAAACUAUCGUCAAGGUUUAAAACAACUAUUUGGCAGACGAGUGAUUUUAAUUAAAACAUCCUUCCAAACAAAACCGAGGAACUUGUAUGACGGCAGGGAAACAUCUGCAUCAGAGUCAAGGGCUGGUAUGAGUUUGAGAGGUAUUCAGUCACAACAUUGAUUUCAACAACGAUCAGAAAGAUUGCUGCAUCGAUUUGGUCUUCGAUAAAACUCGUAAAACUCGUCUGGCAUUAGCGGGUCAAACUAUCCGUUCAUUAUGCACUCUGACAUGAGAGUACAAUAUAUCGGAUGAUAUAUUAGUAUAGAACUCUCUCAUUUUGUAUAUCAUUGUUGAACUUGAACGUUGAAUGAUGUCAAGCACCUGGUUUUUUUCGAAGUGGUAAGAAGAAAUGAAUAUAUGAGAUCAGGGGCAUCAUUUUGGAGUACUUCAGUUAAGAGUUCAUUAUGGGAAGGAAAAACUUGCUACAAAUUAGUAGAAAAGUGUCAAUUAGUAGAGCCUUCUUGUCUCAGCUAAAUACGCUUCAAUAACUAGAAAAUAAAAAUGAUAAAAAAGCAAUGGUAUGUCAUGUAAAUCCCCGUAAAAUAAAUAAAACAAAAUAGACUUUACAAUUGUUUGCAGGUGCCUUGGAGACAUAGGACUGCUCAUCUUAAACUCCAGGACGACGGAUUAUUUCACUUUGACUUUUAUGAAAGCAGUGAUUUAGGAAAAUACUAUUUUCUAUUUUCUUCUUAAUAUAUUUUAUUUGGCACUAAGAGGUUCUUAGUGUGCGAAAAAAGGGAUAACAAAUGCCAUCCGGUAGACCAUCCAUUGGAUUAGGAGUUUUUCUCAUUCCAAUCAAUGUUCUUAUCUUCCCCGCAACAAAAGUAGAAAGAAUAUGGUCUUCGUCUUGCGGCUUAGCAAAACACUUUGUGAUAUGUAUAAAGGGAUUGCAAACAUCCCUCAGGUUGCCAGAUGAGGAUCAUAGGGAAGGAUAUAGGGAUUUAAAGCCCUUUUUUAAUGAUAUAUUUGCUGUGGGCUUAUCUUGCGCGAGGGAGAGCAAUGCAAGAAAAUCCCCAGCAGAUUUCAUAGAAAUCAUAUCUAUAUAAUUACAUAUUUCCACAUAGUAUUAAUUGAUCCGCAUCUAUACAUACGCUUAAAUCAAAAACGAGAUCUAAGAUCUUGUCUUGGAAAUUAAUUGUGGAGUUCUCAGUCAAGUCAGAGCUGAGUUUAUGCUAUUUGAAAUAAUUAAUCGAUCCAAAGCUAAACUGGAGUU